CAGACACAUCGGGUGUGUGUACGAGAGAGAGAGAGAGAGAGAGAGAGAGAGAGAGAGAGAGAGAGAGAGAGAGAGAGAUCACCAGCAGUCUGACAAAGCUGCACGUUACCUCGAAGUUUGACAUCCCCAGCGGGCUACAGACGGAGUUGUGCUCCGCCGCUGCCAUGGAGCCUCGGAAGUGUACUGGAUCUGUAUUGAUUGGAGUUUACCUGUGGGCGACAUUCUGCUGUCAAGGUUGCCAUGGUGGUGUGUACCAAAGGAAGCUGUACCGAGACCUGAUGAUAAACUACAGUCGUCUGGAAAGACCCGUGCAAAACGACUCUGCACCCAUUGUUGUGGAACUCGGCCUCACACUGCUACAAAUCAUUGACGUGGAUGAAAAGAACCAGGUGAUGAUCACAAAUGCCUGGCUGCAGCUGUAUUGGACAGACAUUUACCUGUCAUGGAACCCAGAGAGCUACCCCGGCGUUCAAAACCUGCGUUUUCCUUCCAAUUUGGUAUGGGUCCCAGAUAUCCUCCUCUACAACAGUGCUGAUGAGCGGUUUGAUGCUACAUUCCAUACAAAUGUGCUGGUAAAUGCUUCAGGAUCCUGCCAGUAUAUCCCACCAGGGAUCCUGAAAAGUACCUGCUACAUCGAUGUGCGGUGGUUCCCAUUCGAUGUGCAGAAGUGUGACCUAAAGUUUGGCUCCUGGACCCACAACGGCUGGCUGCUGGACCUCCAGAUGAUGGACGUGGACAUCUCCACCUACAUACCCAAUGGGGAAUGGGAUCUCGUAGGUGUGCCUGCUAAGCGUAAUGAGCUGUACUACGACUGCUGUAAGGAGCCCUACCCCGAUGUGACGUUCACGGUCACCAUGCGCCGCAGGACACUUUACUACGGCCUCAACCUGCUCAUCCCCUGCGUGCUCAUCUCUGGUCUGGCCCUGCUGGUCUUCCUGCUCCCUGCCGACUCUGGAGAGAAGAUCUCACUCGGCAUCACAGUGCUGCUGUCUCUAACAGUGUUCAUGUUACUGGUAGCAGAGAUCAUGCCUGCCACUUCAGACUCCGUUCCCUUGAUUGCUCAGUACUUUGCUAGCACCAUGAUGAUUGUGGGCUUGUCUGUGGUGGUAACAGUGCUGGUACUACAGUUCCACCACCAUGACCCCCAUGGAGGGAAGAUGCCUAAAUGGGUCCGAGUUAUCCUGCUAAACUGGUGUGCUUGGUUUCUACGCAUGAAGAAACCUGGUGAGGAAAGAAAAACAGCUGUGAGCUCCAGUAGCCCCCCAAACUACAAGUACUCCAACCCUGCUCCUCCUCACCAUACCAGCACCAACAGCAUUCAGAUGAGCACCAUACCAGGGCAGGCAUCGGCCCAGUCAACCACGACCAAUGGGAACAUGAACCUGUACUUUGGCUACCACUCGAUGGGCACAGACAACCCUGCUUUCCCACCGAGCACUGAUUCAGGUGUGGUGGUGUGCGGCGGUGGGGGAGGCGGCCAUCCUAACGGCUCCUCUCCACAUGACAUCCACUCAGAACAGGCGCGGACUUUGCUGCUGGAGCAGGUUCCGGAAAUUUCCCGGAUCCUGGAGGAAGUGCACUACAUUGCCAGUCGCUUCCGAGAGCAGGAUGAGGGAGAGGCGAUCUGCAGCGAGUGGAAGUUUGCAGCGGCGGUGGUGGAUCGGUUAUGCCUGGUGGCUUUCUCACUCUUCUCCAUCAUCUGCACCUUCACGAUCCUCAUGGCAGCUCCCAAUUUCAUUGAGGCUGUGUCCAAAGACUUCACAUAAGGCUGAUUUCCUCGCUUUCUGAGAGGAAAAAAAAGAUCUGACACAAUUAGAACUGUACCACAAAAGCCUCCCUGCUACAACGAUGUGAAGCCCCACACGUUUGUUACUUCAAAAAGUGUCGUUACCAGUCACAGUACACCAGAAGCAAACCUUUCCCUUUAUCUUUACAUAUUUCAGUCAGUAGAUGAUGUGAUUUUUCCUUUUCAAGGUAGCUCUCCUCGCUAACACUAUACAUACAGUAUGCCACAUAGGAGGUUGAGGCUACAUGCAGUAGUUAAUAAUGUAGAAACUCACACUAAUGCACUUUUCAUCUGUAUCCUUGUUGUACCAAAUCAUUUACCUCAUUGCCACCACCUGGGCUUUAAGCCUCAUCAGAAUAUAUUGUUUUUAACAUUUUUCCCUCUUUCUUUUCUGCUACUUUUGUCCACUUCUUUACCCAAUGGUAGCGCUUCUCAUCUUCUACAAAUGUCUUAUUGUCUUCAGCAGUUACAUACAGUACAGUAAAUAGAGUUCAAUAAACAGUUUUAGGAAUAGUUUUUUUAUAGGCUUGGGCUCAGGCUUCUAGGAAUGCUAUUUCAUUUGUAUUUUGUAAAUAAAUCUACAUCGUACUUUAUAAAGAUUAAAGAAAGGAAGAGAAAGAGAUUCAAUCUUUAUUAAGUUGUAGAAUUCACCGAGAGAUACUGACACGUUGACUCGUAGCAUUGUUCAUGUCACUUCUGUUUUAACUAAGGCUGCCAAUAAUAAUUUUCAUUUUAGAUUAUAUGCCAAUAAUUUUCUUGAUUAUUCGAUUAUGCAUUUUGUAUAUAAAAUGUCAGAAAAUAGUAAAAAAAAUGCCCGUUAUAAUUUGCAAGACCCCAAGGUGACGUAUUCAGAUUGCAUAUUUUAUCCAAUCAACAGUUCUAAAUUCAAGGAAAUUAUUAAUUAGUUUUUAAUUAAAUAGCGAAUGCUCUGCAUUUUUGCUUGAAAAAUUACUAAAACGGUUAAAUAAUAAUCAAAGUAGUUGCCGGUUAACUUUCUCUUGAGCGACUAAUCCAUUGUAAGUAUUGGAUUUGUCCUUACUCGCCUCUUUCUUGCCUUUUAAGUCAUCCUCAUUAUACCCUUGCACUUCCUUUUUUACCACUAUUCUUCUCAUUUCUUUCUUGCAUAGCUUACACCCAGUUUCUAUAUCUAUAAAUGUGAAUAGAUAAACUUUUACUGUUGCCAGUAUAAAAAUCAUACUUAACUGUGACACAGAGACAUUUACCAUUUUGCUCUUUUCAAGUUUAUUAAAGCGUGAAGUCAUUUCUUCUUGCCUCCAUCCCUUGUGCUAAACAAUAUAUUUAGUUAGCAGUUAAUACACUCUGGCUAUCUGUAAGUCAAUUACAUUAAUUCACAAUGUAUUUCUUUUGGCAUCAAUUUAAUGUUUAUCUGACUUGUGUUCUAGUGUUGCUGUUUCUGCGAAAAACUCACAAUUAAGAAAGAAGAUCAACGAAAGUAGUGAUUGAAAGACAAUAUUUGUUCUUCUGAAGGAUUUUUGAAUGGAUUCUGAAGGGACAUCACCCCAGUAGAGAUGCAUUUGGAACUAAUCUCUGGUAUUGUAGUGCUGAGUGCUUUGUGUUUUUACUUUCUAAUACUCAGCGAAAGGCAAACACAUUCUUCUGUAAUAGCAACAACAUGCAACAAGGAUUAGUGGGUGACCUUAUGUAACAGAUUUGUGUUCAACCUUCUCACCACCCGAGCGGCUCUCUGAUCCUCAGUUGUACAAGACACGUGUGAAUUCCCACUUUUAUGCGCACAAAUGAACUCAGACUUCUCCAACUUAGCACUUGCAUUUUAAGUGGGUUUUUAGGAAGAAAAGUACAUUGUGUGACUGCUGCAGAAAUAGUCACUGAAUUGGAAUUCAUGCUGUUACAGUUAAACAAUGGGCCGAGUGUAGACAACCCACCCAUUGAUGACUCUAUGACUCCAAGACUGUAAAGCAUUUAUAUGCCAUAUCCACUUAAAAUAGACUGACAGGAACGGAUGACGCCAAUUUUGGCAUCUUUGCAGCACUCUUUGUGUUCCUUCAUUUGUAUCUAGUUUUACGAUUGAAUCAAGAUUCAAAAAAUGUUACACUCCUUUUUUAAGUCUAACUAGGAAUGACAUAUUUAGUUUAACCAUUACUAAUAUGGUUGUUUUUUUUAUGUAAUGGUAUUAGAGGUGCCAUUGUUGUAUUGUUAAAGGAAUAAAAAAAUAAGGCACCGAAAUCUGCGUUGCUAUUCGGUCCGGUAGAUAAUGGUCGUUAAUGCAUUUUUUGAAGGAACCCAUGCUGGGAUUGUUACUUUGCCUAUCAAAGGUCAUGUGGACAUAGAUGGGAAGAGGGUCUUGGUAAGUAUGUUACGUAAUAGGUAGAGGAAAAUUACAAGACCUUGUUCACUGACUCAUAAUGGAGAAUAUGAAUAGUGGAGAUAUACUGCUCAUAUGUGAUGUAGAAGAGGAAGUGUCUUCUACAUAGCCUACAUGUAAUUUGGACUGACUUAUGUAGAUACUUUGUGGGAUAACCUGACACACUUCUAUUGUUACUCAUUCAUGUUGAUUUCUAGUCAGCAUAUGUGUUUCAUGUGAGAAGGAUUUAUGGCACGGAAAAUGUUCAAAGUGUGUCAACUGAAGAAUGAUGGAAAUGUUAAUUUGACUGUACUAAAAAUAUGAAAAGCAAAUUAGUUAUUCUUGUUGGCUGAUAUUGACGUACAUUUGAAAUGAGGGUGUGACCGUCUGCUUUUGCCAUGCUAUUACAGGAUUUUUUUUUAAUCAACAAUGUUGUAUUUUGGGUCAACUUGAGUGUCUUUUUCUUUAUGGUCUGUGCCUCUCUGCUCAGUAUGAUUCAUUCUCCUUUGAAGGAUGUACCUUACAUAAAUUCACUGUACAUGACUAUUUUGUGAAAAAUAAAGGAGAAAUGUGAUAAUUA